UUAUUCUGAAAGGUGAAGUCCGCACUAAUACAAAGCAUCAACAGCUUAUUUCUCUUUAAUUUUAUUGUAUAUCUUCACUCUCAUUCGAUGAUCAUAUUCGAUCCGGUUAUGUAAGCAGAAAAUACAGCUUCGGGAACGACGGACCAAUGAGAUCUUCGCUAAAGGCCUUACCGUGAACUUCACAGCUCCUCAACUCCGUCCUCUAUUUCAUAUUCAAUUGGCAUUGCGUUCCCAAUCUACUCUCACAACCGCCAAGAUGGCUUCCAGACAGCCCCAAUUUAACCAGCACAUCCUCGUCGACACGACGCCCAUGCCCGAUGGCAUUCCCAAGGUUCAAGAGAUCGGUGCCACCUCUGCUCCUCUGAUGAGCGCCUCGUUCUUUAUCGGUGACCGCUGCCGAGCAUAUAACGAUGACUACAUGAAGUGUAAGGCGGAAGCCAACGGCCGAGGAGAGUUCGAGUGUCUGAAGGAGGGUCGCAAGGUCACCCGUUGCGCCGCCAGUGUUAUCAAGGAUAUCAACACACACUGCUUGAAGCAAUUCAAUGCCCAUUGGGGGUGUCUCGAGAACAAUAACCACCAUAUGUUCGAAUGCCGAAAACCAGAGGUGGAAUUGAACAAAUGCGUUUUUGAGCAACUUGGGCUGAAGAAGGAAAUCCCCGGAACACCAUCCAACGUCACACCUGUUCACCUACGACCAAAGCAACUCUACGCUCAAUAUCCCGGAAACCAAUAUUAGAAUGCUAGAUUUUAAAAGGCAUAAUUCUCAUUUUCUCACUCCGAUUUCCCUUCUGGAAGAAAUGUGUGUAUAUAUUAGCUCGCUGUAGGAAUGAUAUUAUCUCUAUAAAAUGAAUACAAAAUGCAAC